GAUGCAGCUCACCUGUGCAUCAUAAUUGCGAGUAAUAUAAAAAGGGUAGUUGGGCCUAACUUGAGCAGUCAGCCCCUUCUUCACUUCAGACUUGGUGGGGCAUGCUGGUCUUUGAGUGCCAAGCUCCGCAAGCAUUUCUUUUCCUGUGAUGGUGUUGGUUUUUGGCUGUACUCAGACUGAUUGCAAAAUGCUAAAUAUACUGAUAUGGAGCCUGCUGGCUGUGGUAAUCACCUUGAGUCAAGCAAAGCUGAACUCUAAAAGUCACACAGAUCCAAGUGGUUUAAGAUCUGAUUGUGUGGGGAAUCUGAUGAGGCUCUCGCUGGACAAAGCCCUGGCUGUAGGAAACCAACUGGAAGUGGAGGCCAUCAAUGGUUCACGACACAUUGUGCUAACACCUGCCUUGGCUGCUCAGUGUGGCUACAGCAUGGAGUCUGACCCAUGGGGCAACACCAGAAUCUACACAUCACUGAUGGGCUGCUUUGUGGACAACAAAGAUGACAAGACCUUUAAUGUCGGCCUCAGACUGCGAAUGUACAGCAAUAGACCCUCAAAUGUAGUUUCCCAUAAUGUGAUGAAGACUUGCAGCUACACCCGCUGGGCCUCUAGAGAGAUUCUUUGUGACAGAAACUACAUGGAAGUGUCAAAGUACAUGGCGCCACUUCAUCAAGAUGACUAUUUGAAGAAUACUAUCCCUAGUGCCUCCAGUCAGUCUGGGAUCUGGAAGAUGACGUUCUACACUCCUGAGCCGGUAGUGAUGCUGAAGGGUGAAGCUGAACAAGCUGGGUACAGUGUCAUGACCUCAGUGAGCCGUCUUGUUGUGCGAAGCCCUUAUAGUACAGCAGAAACUUACGCUGAAGAUGUGGCUGGAGUCCCAAUGGAGAUUCUCAAAGUUAGCACCUACCAUGAAACACCUGAAGGUGUGACUGUGAUGAACAUGGCGGCUGCUUGCCCUACAGGUGGCGUACUCUUCACCGAAGAUAUGAUCUCAUGGCACGUCCCUCGCCGUGUGACUCCACUUCUAGAUGGUAGCAUGAAGAUUCUCGAGAUGUCCAUGGGCAUCAACGGACAGCGUAUGGAUCGCCGUCAGAUGGCCGGACGGGGCUACGCUCUGUCCGCUACGGACUUUCACAUCGUUGUUGAGCUCCCCGUGGGUUCCCCUGAUGGCUACAACAAGAGUCAUGCCCCAGAUUACCAGUACCACAUCACCUACACAGUCGAGCCAAUGCUUGAAGUCCUGUGGCGGGCUGAAAGAUCUAAUGAAGAAACAAGAUAUACGAUUCUCUUCCCCAUCACCACACCUCUUAUGCCCAGGUCACCUCAAGCUGUUGACUUGACCGAUGCGGAAGAGAGGUUAUUCACCAUCCAUGUGGGCACCUUCCUGGAUGAUGUGGAGCUCAAGAACCUCACAGUCGCUACCGGCACGUACUCUGUGGAAGAGUUUGGAGCGAAAGGCUUUGUUGUGCAAGAGCGCAGACAUCCUGGUGGCACAAAAAGCUUCGCUCUGAAAGUUCCUUUUGCUGUCGCUGAAGUCCUCAAACAUAAUUCUGAGCCCUUGGUUACAACCUACACACUCGCAUUAGUCUUUGGCUUCUUGAUUCAGCCUGAAGCAAUUCCUUUUGCUCACCCUGUGGAGGUCACUGCUUCUCUACAGGAUGUUGUACUUCCUACAAUCAGAGGCACUUGUGAUCAGAGUAUGUUCUACGUUGAAGUGACGUUUGGCAGUCAAGGCAAGAACUUUGAGACUCUGGUUGGAUACAAGCCACUAACUCCUGAGCUGGAGCAAGCUUUCAGACUGCAAGGGAAUGAAACGCACCUCACCCUUGUGGUUUCUUUUCUUGCCAAGCAGAUCGUUUUUGAGCGCAUAACUUCAGAUUCAGUCCGAGCAAGACUUGACGUGCUUCUUUGGGAGACUACCAACAACUGGAUGCUUGCUGAUCUCCACUUGACCUGCAACUUCCCUUUGACCACCACUGUGUGCUACCCCAAUGGAACCAUAACUGCUUUGGCUGUCAAGGUGGAGUCUGUUCCUAACCUCAUCCCAAGCUGGCUCACACUCAAGGACAAGUCCUGCAAACCAUUCUUCAGUGAUGACCGCUUUGCUUAUUUCUCGUUCAGUGCUAACAGCUGCGGAACUACAAGAACAUUCUUUGACAACUACAUACAGUACCAAAAUGAGAUUAGCCUCUAUUACAACACCAGAGGAACUUCUUUCACGUCAGCUUCUGAUCCCGAAUAUAGACAAACUGUCAACUGCUACUACAUGGUCAAUGACACUCAGACUAUUUCAUUCGGCUACAAAACUCGCAGCAUUUACCCCUCGGCUGAAAUCGGACAGGGGCAGCUUAAUGUGCAAAUGAGGCUAGCUCAUGAUGACACCUUUAACUACUUCUACAAAGCUGAAGAUUACCCAGUCGUGAAACACCUCAGGCAGCCUGUCUACUUCGAGGUAGAGCUGACUCAUUCCAAUGAUCCUUCCCUGGAGCUCAUCUUGGAAAGCUGCUGGGCCACUGCUCAUGAAGACUCAAGUUCUCAGCCCAGUUGGGAUAUCAUUGUGAACACUUGCGGGAACCAAGAAGACAGCUAUGUUACACUUUUCCAUCCGGUUGCAGCUGACAACAGGGUCCACAUUCCAUCCCACCUCAAGCGUUUCUCUCUCAAGAUGUUCACCUUUACCAAAGAAUAUGAGAUUCUUAAAAAUGAGAUGUACAUGCACUGUAAUGCAAUGGUAUGCAACACAAAUGACAAAUCAGAAGAUGUCUGCAAAGGUCAAUGUCCACGUCGUAAUGGCAUUUCUGGUUUUCAUGGGAUCCAAGGAAUGAAAAGAGCACAAAGAGCAGAUUCAACUCAGCCAAGGAAGAUUUCAACUGGACCAAUUCACCUCUUUAAUUCUGAAUAAAGAUUCUUAAAC